GACGAGGCGGCCGAGGCGCUGGGCAGCGCGGACGAGGAGCUGAGCGCCAAGCUGCUGCGGCGCGCCGACCUCAACCAGGGCAUCGGCGAGCCCCAGUCGCCCAGUCGCCGCGUCUUCAACCCCUACACCGAGUUCAAGGAGUUCUCCAGGAAGCAGAUCAAGGACAUGGAGAAGAUGUUCAAGCAGUAUGAUGCCGGCCGGGACGGCUUCAUCGACCUGAUGGAGCUAAAGCUGAUGAUGGAGAAACUCGGAGCCCCACAGACCCACCUGGGCCUGAAAAACAUGAUCAAGGAGGUGGAUGAAGACUUUGACAGCAAGCUCAGCUUCCGGGAGUUCCUCCUGAUUUUCCGCAAGGCCGCAGCUGGGGAGCUGCAGGAGGACAGCGGGCUGCACGUGCUGGCCCGCCUCUCCGAGAUCGACGUCUCCACCGAGGGCGUCAAGGGGGCCAAGAGCUUCUUUGAGGCUAAGGUCCAGGCCAUCAACGUGUCCAGCCGCUUCGAGGAGGAGAUCAAGGCGGAGCAGGAGGAGAGGAAGAAGCAGGCGGAAGAGCUGAAACAGCGGAAAGCGGCCUUCAAGGAGCUGCAGUCCACGUUCAAGUAGCGAGGCUGCGCCCGACUGUCUGGCCCUGGCCCCCGGUGCCCGACCCGGCCGGCGAGGGUGGCAAGGGCGGGGAGACUGGAGGCCAGCCUGAUCCUUGGCUCUGUCUGAAGGGACCAGGCUACAAAGCUACAGAUUGUGAACGAGCCGGCUGAGGGGUCUCCCAGAGCAGCCCAGCCUCUCCCCACUCCCUUCCACUGUUCCUGAGGCCGUGACACCAGCUGUCUCCCCGCCUGGCCCAGCCCUCCCUGGCCCCUCCUGCGUCCCUGGCACCCUGGCUGCCCGCUGCCUGCUCCAGCUGCUCCUGCUCACCACCCAGCUCCCAGCUCUAGGGUGCCCCCUGCUGGUGUGCCACCCUCCACACACAUUCCUCUCCCCCUGAGCCUCUCCCUCUCCUCUCCCCUACAGAGGCCACGUGCCCUUAGCCCCUCCCUAGAUUGGGGGAGCGACAGAUGGCAAGAAUUGUGGCCAGCCCCCUAGAGCUGAUCAAUGGCACUGGGGCUCCCCACCCCAGCACCUGUUCCUCCGGCCCCGCCUCCUCUCUCUGCUGGAAUCAAGGCGGGGCUUCUAUCUUGGCCAGGGGGCCCAGGCCCCUGGCACCCCAUGCUGACAUGGAGACCCCAGCUUUCUGGGGCAGCCAGGCAGGGUGAGGGGGCAGCUGUGCCAAUCUACCUCACGGGCCCUGACUCUGCCGGCCAUUCCAUGGGUCGUGGGCAGGGAAGGCUCUGGGGGCAGAAACACCACUCCCUAGUCACCCCCUCAAACAGCCUGAGGGUCCCCAGGACUCUGGAGGAAGCAGGGUGCAGGGGAGGGGUUGGCCCCUUCAUCGGGAAGGAAACCAGCUCGUCUCCAUUCUCCAGGAGGCGUCCAAGAAGUGCUUUAAGUGGUUUGCACGGCCCAGGUGGUGGGGAGCAGGGGACCUGGCUCAGCUCUUUCACGCCAUUCCUUCCCCAAGUGACACUGACCGCUUUGUCACCAGCAACGGGACCCGUCCUAUCACCCCCACCCCUGAGGAAGCAUGGGGACCCCAGCCCUCCCCAGGCCCAUCCCCAGACGGGCCGUGGCCAAGCCUGUGCCCCCGGCCCCGCCCUCCGCAGCUCCCAGUGUGCUCGCUCACGUGUGUGCGUGUCUGUGUGUGUGUGCGUCUGUGUCGCCGUGUCGUGAAGCUGUGCCCGUCCCCCAGUCCAAACAAGUGAACGGCCACCGAGGCCACAGUUAUGCAACUUCCCGUGCGUGUCGUGACAGCGUCACUGCUUUUUAAACUCGGUAACUCUUUAUUUUAGUAAAGUGCCCCCACGAGUCCACAAAACUGUUGGACUUGCAGAGGUUUUACUUUUCUGGCCUUAGAAUCUGCAGGAAUUAGGAGGUACUGACCCCAGUGCAGCAGCCUUGGCCCUGGAUUGCGUUUGCCUUAGCGGAUAUGUUUAUACAGAUGAAUAUAAAAAGUUCUUAUUCUUUUGGCUUA